GUUAAUUCCAAGCGCUCACGAUUUAUAAAAGAAUUUAAGAAGCAUAAAAAAGAUCGUGAAGCUUCGGAAAAAAAAAACCAGAUACCUGGGUCUGCCGGAUCGGAGAACAAAAAAAGAAAAACAGAGGCAGAACUAUUAAUGGUGGUACCUCCACGGAUACGCUAUCCUAAAUUAAGGAAAAGCGCAUCCACCACAAAGUCCACAGCUGCCCGAACUCCCGAUCUGGUCAGAGGUUGGACUUCAUUUCUAAAUGAAUUCCAAUCUUAUAGAUCUGAUAAUACUGCCAGGCAGUAUAAAAGACCCAGGUUUCAUCGAUAUCGUGGAGUAGACGAUAUUUCCAACGAGGAGGAUGUAAGACAGGCAUUGUUUGUAAAUAUCCUAGAGAAUCUGAAUAGAAUCACCACUUCACGCCAUCCUAGAGAAAAAUAUAUGAGGAUCUCGAAAGGAAUCACUUCCAGUGCAACACCCCCGGCAUCUCCGUCAUCUAAUAGUGAUGAUUCUUUAGAUUCGGAAUAUGAACUACCCACUAUAUCAUUGAAACGAAAACGAUAG